CUCAAGUUUCUCUACUCCAGAUUUAAGAAAAAAAAAACAACAACAAACAAACAUGCUUCGCCAACUUGUCGCUCUCGCUGUCUUUGCUCUCGUUGCCAUGACGUCUGUCGAGGCCAUUACUUGUGGAGCCCAGUCCCACAGGCAUGUCUACUGUACCACUAUCAGAACUCCUUGCCCCAGCGGUUACCGUGCCGUUUUCUAUGAUGAUCCUUUUCCUUGCUGCAGAGGCCAACGUUGCUGCAUCCCAAGAUAAUCAGUUUUUUUGCUUCUACGGUCGGGACUUUCUUUUUUUUCUCCUUUUUGUAUAUAUAUUUUUUUUAUUUUCCAAGGAAGUGAAAUUUUUACCACAUUCAUGAAUAUGGUAGAACAAAUCAAUAAAAC